UCGCAGUGUUUACAUCGCAUCAUCCCCAGUUAGUCCAGAUAAAGCAACAUCAGCACCAUGUCGUCCAGUGAGAUAUAUCGCUACUACUACAAGACCUCCGAGGACCUGCAGGGCUUCAAGGCAGGCGCCACCGAGCCCUACUUCAAUCCCAUGGCCGCCUACAAUCCCGGCGUGACCCACUACCAGUUCAACUGCAACUCCCUCGCCAGCAGCAGCAACUAUCUGUCCGCCAAUGGCUUCAUCAGCUUCGAGCAGGCCAGCUCCGAUGGAUGGAUCUCGUCCUCGCCGGCCAGUCAUCGUUCCGAGAGUCCCGAAUACGUGGAUCUCAAUACCAUCUACAAUGGAGCUUGCAACAUGCCACAGCAGCAGCAGCAACAGGCCCAGCAGCAACAGCAACCCCAGCAGCAGCAGUAUGGAAUGAAUCUUGAGCAGGCCUCCGCCUCUGCUCCUGCUCCUGUCGCAGCUCCGCCAGCCGUUGAAGCCAUGGGCUCCUCCAAUGUGGGGACUUGCCAGACUGUGCCUGUCAAGCCCAAGCGCACCUACACCAAGAAGAAUCAAAAGAACGUGGCAGCUCCUCCGGUAUCCAAUCUCUACACCGAAGAGUUCCAAAACUUUGACUUCGACAACUCCGCCCUGUUCGACGACAGUGUGGAAGACGAUGAUGAUCUGAUGCUCUUCGGCAGUGGCGGAGAAGACUUUGACGGUAACGACGGAUCCUUCGACCUGGCCGAUGGCGACAGCGAAGAUGCGCCAGCUCCAGGAUCUGGAAAGAAGCGACGUGGCAAGCAGAUCUCGCCAGUGGUGAAGCGCAAGCGCCGACUCGCCGCCAAUGCCCGAGAACGUCGCCGGAUGCAGAACCUCAACCAGGCCUUCGACCGUCUCCGGCAGUACCUUCCGUGUCUGGGUAACGACCGUCAGUUGUCCAAGCACGAGACCCUGCAAAUGGCCCAGACCUACAUCUCAGCUCUGGGGGAUCUGCUCCGCUAAGAGCACACCCUCCAGGUUACCCUCAUUCUCAGUUAUUGUUGGAGCUUGCCAAAUAUUGUACCUAUCCUGUAAAUAUCCUGUAACUAGGAGCCCAGUAGUGAAUUACCGCUUAAGUAUUAUGCUGUUUCUUGUUUAGUUAAUUAGAUUAAAUGGAAGACAAUGAUUUAGACUUA